GGGACUUGGGCCUCGGGCUUCGGCGCGGGAGGACGUCCUCCUUCGCUCGCGCGCUCUCACGCACGUACACACGCGGGCCACGUUCUCUUCGCGCUCCCCUUCCCGGAAUUGGGCGGGCUCCUGCACGCGCCGUCCACCCCCACCCCCCGAGGCGGAAGUGACUGAACGCUCUGCGCAACUUCCUGUUGGGGCGGGGAAAGUUGAUUUAUCAUGGUCUCUCUGGCAACCAGGAGGAUUGUACCGAAGGGGAAGCUGAUGGAUUGUAUCACCUCCAUGGCCAUCAUGCCCCUGCUCGUUGGCUGCGUGGGAAUCUUCGGUCUCUUCAAGUUGCUGCAGUGGAUACGAAUGAAGUCCUACAUUCAGGAUUCUGUAGUUGUGAUAACAGGGGCAACCUCUGGACUGGGGAAAGAAUGUGCUAAAGUUUUUUAUGCGGCUGGUGCUAAGUUAAUUCUUUGUGGACGAAGCCAAGAGAAGCUAGGAGAGCUUGUCAGAGAGCUGUCUGCUACUCACUAUAGAAAGACACACGAGCCUCAUGUUGUAGUCUUCGACCUUGCUGAUUCUGACACUAUAGUCCCUGCGGCGAAUGAAAUCCUAAAAUGCACUGGUCACGUGGACAUACUGAUCAAUAAUGCAGGGAUCAGCUAUCGAGGCACAAUAAUGGAUACUACCCUGGAGGUGGACAAAAAAGUGAUGGAGACAAACUACUUUGGUCCAGUUGCCUUAACAAAAGCAAUUCUACCCUCCAUGAUAGAGAAGAAACGAGGUCACAUUGUUGUGAUUAGCAGCAUUCAGGGCAAAAUCAGUAUUCCUUUUAGAUCAGCAUAUGCAGCCUCCAAGCAUGCAACCCAAGCAUUCUUUGACUGCCUUCGGGCAGAGAUGGAACAGCAUGAAAUUGAAGUGACUGUAAUCUGCCCUGGCUAUAUCCGAACCAAUCUCUCUCUCAAUGCCCUUACUGCAGAUGGCUCCAAAUAUGGAGUUACGGAUAAGACCACGGCCGGAGGCAGAAGUCCUGCAGAGGUGGCUCAGGCCGUUCUCACAGCUGUGGGGAAGAAGAAGAAGGAAGUGAUGGUGGCAGACCUGCUGCCAUGUUUGGCCAUCUCCCUGAGAACUCUGUCUCCUCGGCUCUUCUUCUAUCUCAUGGCAAUGAGAGCCAGAAAGCAAAGGAAAGCAAAGGACUCUUAGUCUUACUUCAGAGAGGCUUCAUUCAAGACCACGCAUGUGCCCCCCUGAUCUUGGUUUGAUAGUGGUAUGUGCAGCAGUUGAGCUAAUGGAAACAUUAAAGGGUCUGAGCAGUGGGGAAGCUGGUAGAACUGUUUGCUGCGGGUCACUGGGUAGCCUCUUGUGGCAGGGAAAAGGAACUAAGGAAAUUAUGCUGAGCUCACAAGGGAAGGGGAUGCAUGUCUUUAAUUGUGAAAAAAAUGAAUGGGACUAGCCAGAGUCUGAUGGCCAUGGUAAGUGCCUGCUGGAGAAAGCACAUCUCCUGCCACUUCCAGGUUGCCAAUUUUGCUCUCUCCUGUCAAUCAGCACAGUCCUUUGAGUCAAAAGGAAUAUCAGGAUUUCUGUUCCAGUGGUUUGACAAGCCUUGGCUUAUCAAAAAUUACUCAAACUGUUAAUCUUCAGCAUACAACUCAUCCCUAAUCCCUCCUGGAAGGCUCUAUACAUUUGAAAAAUAUUUCUUCUGUCAUUAUACAGAAUUGUUCAACUGUUUUUGGUUCUGACCUGUGAAUUCUGGGGAGCGAGGAACUCUAGGUGUGGAUAUUCCUUCCACUGAUCAGGCAACUUAUUCUUAGACAGUUGCUGUGGGUACUGAGAAGUCUUAAGUAACUUGUCCAUGCUAUUGUCUAUCAGAAGCAGGACUAGAACUCAGGUCUUCUGACUCCAAAGUCAGCUAAGGUGCUCAACAUGAUGCUGCCUCGUAUUCAACUCUUUUGCAGUGUCUUAGCAUUUAACCUGUAUGGUGUACUGACACUGGACUUAGGAGCUUCUAACAUAUCCUAGAUUUUAUUGAAAUUGGAAUUUCAGAGAAAUGCCAGGUUCAUCCCCACCCAACAUGGUACCAUAACAAAUAUAAGGUGGCAAAUAAUUGAGAAUACAGCAAUAGAAAUUGAGUAUUAGCUACUGGCGACAAUGCCUGGCUUGGCUACAGUCCAAAAGCAAGAAUUCAGAAAUAUUAUUUGCUAAGGGAAUAAAUCUGAAAGCCGGCGACAUCUAGUCUUUUGGAGGAUGCAGCCAAUACGGAGUAUUUGCCCUUUGGCUACCACAGAAGUAAAAUUAGCCACAUUCCAAGUUGGGUAAAGACUUACUACAUAGUUACAAUUCCUGAGAAGGAGAGUUUGGGUUUGUUUUCCUACCUCCCCCAAACCAAGGGGUCCUGGACAUUCCAGGGAUUCUUGGUUGUGCUAUGGAUGCAGAUAAAAUGGGAAGUGGUUCUCUUCCUACCCCAGAAUACUUGCAGACACUUAAACUUACUGUCAUAGAGGGGAGAACUUUAACAGUUUUCUUCUCAGUAGGGGAUGAUUCUGGCGGGUAAGUGGAACAAACCAAGACAGUGAUCCGUAACCCAGAGACCUUGAUGCCAGUUAAGAUUCCUGACCCCAAUCUUAACAAAAUAAAAAUUUCCGGUCAUUUUUUUUCCUCUCACUAGUGGUGAAUGUGACCAUAUUGUUACAUUGUCCUGUAUAUCUGCAAUAUUAAAUAAAGCCAUUUACAAGUA